UGGACGCGGCGGCCGUGGCGGUGGCGGCGGUUGCGGGGGCUGCGGCGCCAGAGGAGGCGCGCCGUGCUGUGCGCCCCGCGAGCCGCUGCGCCCGCGGCGAGGAGCCUGGCGCGACCCCCAGCUGUGCGCCCCGCCCCGGCGCCAUGCAUUGCGAGGUGGCCGAGGCACUUUCGGACAAGAGGCCAAAGGAGGCCCCUGGUGUGCCCGGCCCGGGCCGCGGGCCCGCUGGCCUGGGAGCGCACAUGGCCUUCAGGAUUGCCGUGAGUGGCGGCAGCUGCGGGGAUGGGAACCCUCGAGACCUACUGCCUCGGCUGCCCGUGCCACCACCACGCGUCCACGACCUUCUCCGACCCCGGAGCCCUCCAGACUAUGGCAUGUCCAAGGCCGCCGGCGGCGGCAAGGUGAACGGGAGCUACGGACACUGCCCAGAGAAGAGCCUGCUGGACCUGGACCUGCCCGAGGGUCCCAGCCCCUCCUGCCACCAGGGUCUGUUUCUCCCUGCAGGGACCCCACCUCCCCGGGAUCAUCCCCCUGUCUGCGAGAGGCUGCUUCAUUUCCCCCACCCUAACAGGUCACCCAGACCCCAGGCUACAUACGUGAAUGGCAGCCUCCAAGCAGCUCAACACAUCAAGCAGGAAGCCCUACCUGACUACCAGGCCAUGGCCAGUGCCCACACGCCCCUGCCCACCCACUGCCGGGCCCCAUCUUCCACAAACCUGCAGCCAGAGUUGGACUUCUCAGGCCGAGGCCUUGCGAAUCCUGCACCUUCCUGCUACCUUCUGGGCAAUGAACCUGUCUCGGGCCUGGGUCCCCAACCUGAGGCCCACCUCCCUGAGGGCAGCCUGAAACGCUGCUGCCUCCUGGGCCUGCCCCCCACCUCUUCAGCCUCUUCCUCCCCCUGUGCCUCCUCUGACAUCAAUCCUGCCAUCCACUCUUCCCAGACAGCUCUAGUUAGCUGUGUAAAUGGACUCCGAAGCCCACCUUUGCCAGGAGAGCUGGGGGGACCUCCCAAGCGAUCACAGCCGGGGCCUGGGCCUGCAUCCAGUGAUGUCCACGAGGGCAGCUUGCAGCUCGAAGCAUGCCGGAAGUCAGGCUUCCUGAAGCAGGAGCCCCUGGACGAGUUCUCGGAGCUCUUUGCUCCUCACCAGCAGGGUUUGCCACCCCCCUACCCACUGCCUCAGUUGCCAGCCGGCCCCAGCCUUGGAGGCCUCGGGCUCGGCCUGGCGGGCAGGAUGGUGGCCGGGCAGCAGGCAUGCCGCUGGGUGGACUGUUGCGCAGCCUACGAGCAGCAGGAGGAGCUGGUGCGGCACAUCGAGAAGAGCCACAUCGACCAGCGCAAAGGCGAAGACUUCACCUGCUUCUGGGCCGGCUGCGUGCGCCGCUACAAGCCCUUCAACGCCCGCUACAAGCUGCUCAUCCACAUGAGGGUACACUCGGGCGAGAAGCCCAACAAGUGCAUGUUCGAAGGCUGCAGUAAAGCCUUCUCCCGCCUGGAGAACCUGAAGAUCCACCUGCGGAGCCACACAGGCGAGAAGCCGUACCUGUGCCAGCACCCAGGUUGCCAGAAGGCCUUCAGCAACUCCAGCGACCGUGCCAAGCACCAACGCACCCACCUCGACACGAAGCCAUAUGCUUGUCAGAUCCCUGGAUGCUCCAAGCGCUACACGGAUCCCAGCUCCCUCCGCAAGCAUGUAAAGGCACACUCAGCCAAGGAGCAGCAGGUCCGUAAGAAGCUGCACACAGGUGCUGAUCCAGAGGCUGUCCUGUCCGAGUGUCUGGCCAUACAGCAACUCCAAGCAUCCACACCUUUGCCUGCCAGCAGGGGGAAGGGCGGCCAAACCCUGAGCCAGGAGCUGCUCCCAGGUGUGUAUCCUGGCCCUGUCACCCCACAAAAUGGGCUGGCUUCGGGCAUCCUGUCCCCAUCCCAUGACGUCCCUUCCAGGCACCACCCACUGGAGGUCACCACUGGUUCCCACCACCACCUGUCCCCUCUGCCCACAGCCGAGAGCACCAGGGAUGGGCAGGUCCCAGGCCCAGUGCCAGGCCACCACUGGCUUUAUGUGAAGAGAUGUUGGACAGGCUGCAGUUUGGCCAUCUGGGGAAGGAGCAGAAAGGGCUGUGGAGGCCCAGAAAGGAAGCCAGCAGGCCAGAUGGGCUGCCUGCAGGAGGUGGUGCUAAGCCAGGCUCCAGAGACAGGUGGAGGAGUGGGAAAUUCCAGCAGGCAUGGUGAGAGCUGGGAUAUGCUGGGAGAGGAACCACUGUGUGAAAUGCUGACCUGGAGAGAUGAUGCCCCAGAAGCCAGACACAAGGCCAGUGAUAGAGGUACCCUGAAGGUUGGGCCGGGCCAACAGCAUGAGUUAGGAACAGUAAAGAGCAUGGGAUAUGAGGGGGCAACCUGAGCUAAGGCUGGGCAGGUCGGGAGGGAACCCAGACAACAAUCAUGGCACAGGCUUGUCCCUGGCUAGGUGAGAGGAACCCAAAGUCUUAGCCCUCCCUGAGCCUCUCUCUUCCUCCAUAAAAGGCAUUGAAAGGCCUCCUCCAGGCAGGUGGUAAGGACCACCUCCCCAAGCCUGGUGUUGCUGGUGUCACCCAGUACAUGCCUCAUCCACAAUAGCCCCUGCCCUUUCUGCCCCAGCCCAGGCCACCUGUUUAGCCAGUGACCAGCCUCAGUAUCUGCAGCCAUGAGACAUUAAACCACAGAGGCCCUUACAGGGCAUGGGCUUAUUAUUUGGCCUCAUUCAUCAUCCGCCUGCCGCCGGCAUAAGUACCCAUCAGGAAUGCCUGCAGCUAGACGCUGAGCGAUGACAAGACCAGACCCCAGCCCACCCGCCCAACGCUGGCCUGCAGUGUGGAGAGAGUUAUUCCCAGCCGCCAGGCGCCGGGUUCCGGAUGCCUGCUGGAGAGAAGGGCCCCAUGGCUGACACGGCCUGAGGCUCCCCUGAAUGGGUUUCUUUUUCAGCCCCAGAGGAGAGAUGGGCGGGAAGGCCUUCAGCUUCCCUCGCUUGCCAAAGUCAACAGGGACUGGCCACUUGAGGCUCCCCAGCGGUUUGCUGGGACAUUUAAAUAGCUUGACAGAAUUAUCUGAUUCACUCAAAAAUAUGCUAAGAGGGCCUGACUUCAUGACCAAAUGUAUUUACCCUGGCUCAGUGGAGACACCAAAUUUGGUGGGUUUCUUUCCCAGCCCUGUGGAGGAAAGACAUGGAUCCCUGGGGCUGCCAGCCAGGUCCAGGGUAACUUACAUAGGCUUCAACCAAAGCCCCAGCGUAUGCUAUGGGAGGCACUUGCCUGCCUCCAGAGAGGGCUCCAGAUGACCUGCUUGCCAUUGGAGCGGCACAGAUCAGCCUGUGUGUCAGCUAUGUGUAUUCUAUUCAGUUUCUCUGGCUGUGAAAGUGACAAAGGAGAAUUUAUGGUGGGUCUGAACAGAGAACGUAAACCUUGAAGCCACACACAUUUCCCCAAGAUCUGCCCUUGCUUCUGUGCACUGUAUCCAUAGGCUUUGGGGCUGAGUGGUUCAGAUACCUACUUGUCAGGGCAUCUUGGUGUAUGCCUGAAAUAUAAGCACUCGCAACACUGAGGCAAGAGGAUGGCGAGUUUCAGGGUAGCCUGGACUCAACAGUGAGAUCCUGUCUCAAAAAGAGCCUUUAUGUGGAUAUUGGCCAUUGUUUGCCACAUGCCAGGCUCCUCCCUGGGCCUUCCCUGCAAGGUAAGAAGGGGACACGGAAGGUCCUGCGCAGUCCUGAAGGAAAGGGAUCUUCCGCCAGGAGGAUAGACAGUGCGGUCAUCUGGUUUGUGGCCUGGCCUUCACAGUUGGCAUCGCACAGAGGAAGACCCUGCCCCCCAUGGUCUGUAAACAGGAACAACUGGAGAGGUUAAGUCCAGAGAGUCUAUGAAGGCUUGGCUCCUGGAUGUCAGACAGUGACAUUCUAAGUGUGUGGAGAUGGCGCGGUAUUGGCAAGGCUGUGGGGACGGGCUGCAGGGAGCAGAAGUUACCUCCAGUGUGUCCCUGGAUCUCCUGUCCCCACCAGAGUCCUAUUUCCUUCACAGUAGACACUGACCCGCCCUCAGAUUCCACUGCUCGGAGGAGAAUGCACCUCCCUUGACAGGGUUACCUAGAGCCAAGGUCCUAGAUUUGCUGUCAGCUCCUCACGUUGUGGUGACCCCCCACAACCAUAGAAUCAUUUUGUUGCUACUCCACAGCUAAUUCUGCUGCUGUUAUUUAUCAUAAUGUAAAUGUCUGGUAUGCAGGAUAUCUGAUAUAUGACCCCCAAAGGGGUUGAGACCCACAGGUUGAGAACCACUGAGAGCUGGUCCAGCACACCCACAUGUCAAACCAAAGCCUUGGAGACUUCGCUUCUGCGCAUGCUCCCUCCACGGUGCAAAAAUGCACUGUUAGGCUGCAAGCCUGUGCAUGUAUAGAUUCGGAUGGAAACCUGAGGCCUGGAGAGUCCGCAUCUAGCCUGGGUGCCAUCACUACACUCAAGACACCUGCAUCUCUCUCAAGCCCCAUGGCCUCAGCUCACAAGAGCUUCCAAAGAACACAGGGUUGGGCUUGGAUCCCUCAAGUUAUGUAUGAAUGGAGGUGGUGAGCCUCCCAUCACAGAAGCUCUGCAAGUAGAAGACAGAUUCCCAGGGAUGGAGAUAGAACUCCCUUAAAUACACUGCCCAGCAAAGUGAAAUGCCAGCUUGCAUGUCAGGUGCACUGGCUCUUCCUUCCCGUGGUCAUGAUGUUUAUUAAUGAGGACAUAUAUGUACAUUGUGCUGGGUCAUUUGUUUACGUGGUUUUGACUGUACCCUCACCAAGACUGGAGAGGCCAGUGUUGUGUGGCCACACGGACAGAAGGCACUGUGCAGCUUCUCCAAACUUUGGCUUCCUGAUCCACAAAAGGGACCUCUAGUGAAUCAAUCAGAUGGCCUGUUCACCCCACAUCCAGAGUCACCCACAACUGGAGGGCUGGUCACUAUUUAACCCAUGAUAGUGACAGCUGCAACAUGUCAGGAGGUCAACAUAGCACCCUGCAGGGAAACCCAGGCUUCCAACAUUCCCAGGUCUGUGUCUGGUGGAAGUUGCUAGGAGUUUGAACUCUGGUCUGUGGAUUUCCAAGGUCAUGGGCAUCCCUGUCCCUUGUCUACUGGUAGUCCUGAAAACUGAGAUCGCAACUAAAAUAUAACUCCGAUUAGAACACGCAUGACCAAGCAAGAGGCUCAUGGAUAUAUUCACGGCAUUGUAGAUUAGAGAAGGUGGCAAAGCCCUGGGUCGUGCCUCACCAUGAUGAAACCGUGCUUUUCUGUCCUCUCCAGCCUAGGACCUGGCCUUCUCUCACCCAUGGUCAGCCCACUGAAAGGGCUUGGUCCCCCACCACUGCCACCAUCCUCCCAGAGUCAGUCUCCAGGAGGACAGCCAUUCUCCACGCUCCCCAGCAAGCCGACCUAC